AUGGAGAGACUGAUAGCAGAACUUGCUUCACCUGAACUUGAUGAAAUCCGUUUGAAGGGCGGUUUUUCCGACGAGAUGAAUCAGUUGAAAGACACUCUUGUAUUGGUCAAAUCUGUGCUGCUGGAUGCGGAGAGAAAGCAAGAAAAUAACCGACCUCUGACGGUGUGGCUCAGGGAGUUGAAAAAUGUCCUCUGCGAUACUGACGACUUCCUUGAUGAUAGUCAAACCCAAGUAAUACGCAAUCAUGUGGAUAGAACCUCCAAGGUACAGCAAUUCUUCACAACUUCUAAUUCUAUUGUUUUUCGCGUUAAGAUGGCUCGAAAAAUGAAGUCACUGAAGAAGAGACUAGACAUGGUUGCAGCUGAUACGAGUAAGUUCGCUCUAGAAGCAAUUGAUGUUGAUAACCACGUUUCGCAUAGGAGCAGGGAAACGACCUCUCCCGUUGUUGCAGAUGUGAAUGUAAUAGGACGGGAGAUUGAUAAAGAAUUUAUCAUAGACCUCCUAAUGCAGCAUAAUCCUGAAGAUGAUGACGAACGUAUCCCAGUUAUUCCCAUUGUGGGGACGGGAGGACUAGGAAAGACCACACUUGCUCAGCUUGUCUUCCGUGAUGAGAGGGUAACUCAGUCUUUCCCAUUGAAAUUGUGGGUGUCUGUCUCUCUGGACUUUGAUAUCCAGCAAUUGAUUGUUAAGAUCAUCAACUCUGCGAGUCCUCAUUUGCGCCAAUUGAAUUUAAAAGAAUUGGACAUGGAGCCUUUGAUACGUCUCCUGAAAGAUACGCUUGCUGGUCAAAAGUUCCUGCUUGUCUUGGACAAUGUAUGGAAUGAAGAUCGUGUUAAAUGGAUGGAGCUGAGAUUUUUAAUUGAAAUGAGCAAUAAAGGUGGUAAAAUCCUGUUGACAACACGAGUUCUAAAGUUGCUUCUAUGA